AACUGUCAACUAAAAGCACGCGUGACUGUGUUUGAUCGUUUUAAAUGUGUUAUUAGUAUUUCCUUUUUAAUUUUCGAUGUUUUUUUAAAUCGGGAGUGUUGUGAUUAUAUUAUUAGUGUCAAUUAGCGUGGGAAUUGUGUGAAUCAGUCCUAAUUUCAUUAGCAUUCAAACUUUUAAACUUGACAUGCCGAUUCGGAAAUACUAGCAGAACAAUUGAUAUACACUUACUUUUUGCGCUCAGAUGGCGUUUAUAUUAAACUGACGUCCUAAUUUCAAAGUGUACUCGUCUUAAUUAUUUUUGUAUCAUUUACAAAGUUAAACUCGUGUUUAUUACGUAAAAACUAAGUUGAAUUUUUGACGUUCGUCUUGUCAGCAUGAAAAUGAAAGCCCAUCGUGAAAGGUUUCAGUCCAGCAGUAGCACUGAUGACAAUGAUUCUGCAUCUGAUGAACAUGAGGAUCAUCAGCUACAGCAGAGGCACAUGGAUGCCAUGGCUAAUUUGGGUGAUAUAGCAGGACAUGUGCUAAGCCCCAUGGAAACAAGUCGCAAAAGGCGCGGAAAUUUGCCAAAGCAUUCGGUGAAGAUUCUUAAACGGUGGCUAUAUGAACAUCGCUACAAUGCCUACCCAAGUGAUGCUGAAAAAGCAACAUUAUCUCAAGAAGCCAACUUAACCAUAUUGCAGGUGUGCAAUUGGUUUAUUAAUGCCAGGCGCCGGAUUCUGCCAGAAAUGAUUCGCCGGGAGGGACAUGAUCCAUUGCAGUAUACAAUUUCACGCAGAGGUAAGAAGCUGUCAGGAUCACAGGGUUUACCUUCUGAUCAAGUUCGGCAUGUUUGGGAAGAAGAUUUUGAUAUUGGUGGUAAAAGAGUUCGUUUAGAUCAUGAUUAUGAUGAUCACAUGACAUUAAUGUAUCGAUCUGAAGAAGAUAGCACAAAUGAAUAUGAAAGCUCGAGUCCUAGUGAGGAAGAGAAAUUUAACCCUUGGCCGACCGUCAUUAGAUAUGGAGCAGUAAAUGAAAUUGCUACCCAUCCUGCCAAUAGAGGAGCUGUGGAACAAAUGAUUCCUCACCAGGCAAGUAAUGGAUCAUCUAAAAAAGUGCGAGUUGUACAAGGCCUAAAGCAAGAAGCUGUGGCCGAAGCAGAAGAAAAAGACAAGUUUAAAUUUUUGCAUCUCUUGGUAGAGACCGCGAUGGCUGUGCGAGAAAGAGAGCAAGAACAAGUUGACGACAAUCUUCGAACGUAACCAUGUUCAGGGGUGAGACAGUCAAUCAAGUCUUCUGUCAACCAUUGUGCCUUGAGUAACUACUGAAUGUUCAACUCUGGUUUGCGUUCUUUUUUUUGUAUUUAAUAGUGGUGUGUUAUCAACUCAGUAAGGUUUGGUUAUAUACUUUGACAACAUUUUUUCAAAAUGUUUAGAUUAUUGAUUUUUAUUGCUAUAGUCUAUUGGGUGAAAUAUUAAUCCAGUAUUUAACCAAAUUUUGCAUUGAAUUUUGAGUAUCAAAAACUAUUCUGGAAAUUAGUUGUGUUCUUUCCAGUUAUUCUCUACAAUUUAGUAUUUAGUUCUAAUAAGUUUCAUUUGUCAUUGGUCAGUUAACAAUAACUAUAGUGUGGGAAAUUCAUAGAUCUUUAUUUAACAAAUAUUUGUUUAUUUCCAGAAAUAUGCUCUUGCAGUUAUUGUUUUGAAGAAGAGCCAUAAAAAUAUUAGUAUUUUAAAAAAUUCAAACUAUGUUUAAAUGAUUUUUGUGGGGGCUGUGGUAAUAAUAAAUGGGCAGUGUCUGAAGGAUAUGUUACAUUUUUAUCAUCACACACCACUGACAGUUUCUAAUUUUUAGCAAGCACAGAUGGAUUUUUUUGAAAAUAAUUUUCGCACUCGUUUUUUUUUUUAAAGUGAAAGCUGACUUUACUUGAUUGAAAACUAACACAAUUAAGUGAUAUCCAAAAACUUUAGCGUUUAUUUUAUUAAAGUUAAUCAUGUGUCAAUUUUUUUUGGAUUUUUUCAUUUAAAAAAAAUGUUUAUAUUUUGCACAUUGAAUCUCGUUCAACAUAAUAUUAUUCAGCAUUUUUUUUACUCAUUUAUAUACUUCAGUUAGGACAUUUAUUUUUAGUGAAUUUCAAUCUUGAAUACUUUUUUUAAAUAAUAAUAAAAUUAAGUGCAUUUCCACAAAUUUUGUUUUAAAAAAAGAAUACAUACAUUUGUUUUGUGCUGGAUCAGAUUAAUUUUGAUGUUCAACUGGUUUGACUAAAAAAGAAACUCUAAAAAUGGUUUAGUUUUUUAAAAUACUAUUCGGUCCAAUUAAUUGCUCAAAAUCUGGUACAAAAUGUUAAACAUUAAUGCUUUUGAUGUCAUAUGUCAAGAGAAUUUGCAUCUAAAUUUGUAAUGUAUUUUUGUAAGGUAAAUUGUCAUUAUUAAGGAGUUCAAGAUAACUGUUUUGUAUAGUAUUAUUUAAUAGUUUAAUAAAGUUUUGCUUUGUUUUAGUACAACUCUUUAUUUCCGCACAAAAUGGUUAUCAUAUCUUUACCACCGAUUUUUUUUAUUUAAAGACAAAACAGCAAUGUAAUUAUUUAAAUUUGUAUCCUUUUCUGUGAUGGCAGUCCAUUAUGCUCAAAGCUGUUUGAAGUAGGGACAUGUUAAUAAAAUGAAC